CAAUGGGGUUCGACUGAGCCAGAGGUGUGAGGUGUGACUGAGGCCCUCAGAACAGCUGGAUUAUCUCAUUUCAAGAUUUUACAUUUUAAAUCUCAAGACUGAGCAGCCCUUUGAGUUCAUCACAUAGAAACAGCUUCAGAUUAAAGCUCAUUACACCCUGGAUGUAAAAGACUUAGGACAGACAAGAUACGGCUGGGAAGAAGCAAAGCAUCUCUGGAUUUUGUUUUUUUAACCGAGAAAACAAAAAGAAACAAUAACAACAAUAAUAACAGGGAGGGAGCACCUUCUCAGGUUUGUUACUCGCCUGCAUCGUCGAGCCGUCUUAGACCGGUCCUCAUCAGAUGGGACUGAGAAGAACCAUGUCUGUGGUCCUGCUGACGCUGGCUCUCUCACUGCUCAUACCGGGCUGUGCGAGCCGGGCUGCCGAGACCCAUGGAAGCUGCGGAAAGUGGGAUUGGAACGAAACCAAACAGCAAGUCUGCUGUAACCGCUGCCAUCCAGGAAACCGCUUGGUUAAGCAAUGCAGUUCAAACAUGGAAGACCUCUGUACUCCGUGUGAGACCAACACCUACACGCUCGACCCGACGCAGUACUCCUGUCUCGUGUGUACCCAGUGUGUAGACCCUCAAAUCGUGGAGAAACCGUGCACCAGGGAAACAGACACGGUGUGCAAGUGUAAAGCUGGACUCAAAUGCGGCAACCAAAAGUGUUCCUUCUGUGUGAAAGAGUGCGGCAGAGGAGAGGAGCCGGAAAAACGCUCUUGUAAGCCGUGUCCGGAUGGAACCUUCAACGACCAAAUUCACCAAAAGUGCAAACGUCGGAGUACCAGCUGCCCUCACCCCGAUGAAUCCAUCGUGGACCAGGGGACUGCAACCAGUGACAUCAAGUGUCAAAUCAUCUCUCAACCCCCUCUCAACUUCACAGUACGCACCACGAGGAGAGGGAAUCCUGCUGCAUGGUCUGCGCUGGAGUUUUCGCUGAUGAUCCUAUGUCUGAGCUUGCUGAGUUUAGGUGUACUGUCCUUCAUCGUCAUCAAUGCCGCCAAAAUAUCAAAGAUUUUCAACAAGACUAAAAAGACCACCAGAAAAACAGCCAUCAUCAGGACUCCCACAGAUGACCCCCGGACGCUCAUCGCGGUAGAAUGCAGUUUCCACGAAGCACAGCAAGAGAACGGCAGCAGCUCCGAGUCCUUGAGCUCAAAGGACUCGAAAGUUCAACUGGUCUCGUAAGGGAAAGGGGGACUGCGUGGACCUGAUCAGGAAACCCCAACUACCUAUUCAACGUACCUUUCAAGGGGAAGUUGGAGUCUGUAAAACGAGACUGCAGCUACAAACUCAGUGUGGAACUGUUUAUUUCAGGAGGACCUCGCCCCCCCCCUCUCUUCCCCUCUCUCUCUCUCUCUCUCUCUCUCUUCCCCUCUCUCUCUCUCCCUCUCUCCCUCUCUCUCUCUCUCCCUCUCUCUGUGCUACUGUGUGUAGAUCGAAUCAUGUCCAUAUCUCCUUGAGCAUUUUUGUUUACACACCUUCCUCCCUUCAUCCCUCCCCUCCUUUUCAUCAAAAUAACCCAAGGUUAUUUUGUGUACAACCGUGAGACAGCUGUCACUCCUGACUUGAUGAUAGAGAUGAAGAACACGGACGGGGGAGGGGGAACUCUGAAGGGAAAAUACAGCCUCACCUCAUCUUAGCCUAUUCAUUAGCUAACUGCAUUUCCGACAAUACUGCACUUGUUUUCUUUAUGGAGAUUCAGUUUCAAAAUGUGAAACCUUGUGUUUGUUCUUGUUUUGUUUUGUUUUUUUAGAGUUUUGGCGCCAGGGAUCAUCAGUGUUCAUAUUUCAAACCGGUUCUUAAGAAAACCACAGCACUGCAACUGUUUUUGUCCGAGGAAUGUCUUUUUCUUUUUGGUUGGCUACCAAGAAGUCAAAUCUUACUCUAUUCAGACACAUAGGUGGGUCGUGUUGCACAGAAAACCACCACACAACGACACAGCUAACAGCAGUCCGCAAGUCCGCAAUGAUUCAGACGUACACAGACAUUAGUUUGAAUGUUUCCGGAAACAAGAGCACCUUGUGUCACUUUGUGUCGGCUCAGUGAAAAGCAUUAUAAUUGUAAACUACUAAUAAGACAUGUUAGCCCCUGACUAGCUAACGGGUCUGAUCCUUUAGCCGAGCGGUUAGCGACGCCGCCUUGUGGUGCAGUACACCCGUAUCGAAUCCCGCACCGGGCAAGAAAAUAACCGGUUACAUUGGCGGGAUCCGGAAGUGUGCAGAUCCUCAGAAGUCUCUUCGGAGCGCGGGAAGAACAAAGCGCGAGGGCGCGCUUCCGGGAGAGGGUGACGACUGUAAACUACUAAUAAGACACGUUAGCCCCUAGCUAACGGGUCUGACCCUUUAGCCGAGCGGUUAGUGAUGCCGCCUUGUGGAGCAGUACAUCCCGUAUCGAAUCCCGCACCGGGCAAGAAAGUAACCGAUUAUGGUGGACACGUAUUGGGGACAGAAUUCCCCCCAGGAACUAAGAGUCAAGUCAGGGUUGCCCUGGCAGGUUAACACAGUUUUAAGUUAUGGUUGUUCAGCCAGUUUUCUGGUGAUUCUUGCCGCCUCCGCUCAGUCGAGCUGUGGUUUUGUUGUCUCUCUGUUUUACCGUGAUUAAAGAAAGUUGCCUACACGGCUAAAGUGUG